AUGGAGUUCCUCCCCGCCCUCCAGCAUGGCAUAGACGACCUCAAGCCCUCGCUCUUCGAACUCCUUUCCGAGCAACAGCUCGCAUCGCUCCUGCCCCCGUCGCUGCGCUACCUCCUCGCCAUCACAACACCCCGAUAUCCACGCUACCUGCUCCCCAUACUCAAUUCCUUCGAUGAAGUCUACGCGCUGCUUAUGCUGCUAGUGGAGCGCCACUUCCUUCGCACAUACGGCGGAUCAUUCACCGAGAACUUCUACGGGCUGAAGCGCGCCCGGGUGCUGAAAGUGCGAGGAAGCGAGAUACCGCGCGCACAAUUGGGCGCAUCGGACAGUGUACGAGAGGCUGUAAAGCUGGGCAAUGGCGACAUAUGGAAGAACCUCGCCGUCCUGGUCGGCCUCCCAUGGCUGAAGAGGAAGUUCGAUGAGGGCUACGAUGUCCAUGCUGCGCAUGCCAACCUUUUGGGACCCGGGUACAACCGUGACAGAGAAGGAUUAAGAGCAGGGGCCAGCGUUAAGGAGAGGCUGAUGCACUACUACAAGUGGUUUCUACGCAACAUAUAUCCGAGUGUAAAUGCUGCUUACUACUUUUCCUUGCUGGCCUUCAACAUGGCCUACCUCUUUGAUGGGACCAAGUAUCAUUCGCCAUUCAUGUGGCUGAUCGGCUCGCGUAUACGAAGACUGGGAGAGGCGGAUCACAGGGCGAUUGAGAUUGCGACGGCGCCGAGGAAGGUUGGCCCGGCGCGGCCUGGAGAAGGCGGAUCCAUCUUCUCGCCAAGGAACAUUGCGAGGAGCAUAGAGCCGCGCUUGUUGAGUUCGCUGAAGAUUCUUCUUCCAACCAGUAUCUUCGCGCUCAAGUUCCUAGAAUGGUGGCAUGCUUCAGACUUCGCCCGACAGCUAUCGAGGAAAGCCGCUGAAAACAUCGACCUACCACCGCCAAUAUUACCUUCGUUACCGCCAUCCGCGAAGCAACCUUCGAAACAGGGAGAGUCUUCCGAGAAGGCACGUCCGACAUCGUCUUUGUCGGACCAACCACAACGCAUCGACCCUCCGAUAUCCUCAACCACUCUCCUCCCAAUCCUCACUGUACCCUUACCACCAUCAUCAACGUUAUGUCCCAUCUGCGUAACACCCAUCGUAACACCCACAGCCUCGCCUACGGGAUAUGUCUAUUGCUAUACUUGCAUACACAGGUGGGUUGGGGGUGAUCACGACCGCCAGGUCGCCUUCAUGGAGGGUGCUGCAGGGUUUCGAACGGGUGAUGAUGGAGAAGCAGAAGAUGAGGGCUGGGGUAGGGAAGAGGGAAGCAGAGAGGGAAGAUGGGAAAGUGGUAAAGGAAGAGAUGCUAUUACCGGAAGGAGGAUACUUGGUGGCACUGAAGGUUUGCGAAGAGUCGUUGUUUAG